AUGCGUCUACUGGACAACCACACCCUCAGUACUAUGAACUGUGAGCAGGACUUUGGAGAUGUCACCCUCACACUACGACUGCUUAUGCACGGAAAGGAAGUCGGUAGCAUCAUAGGAAAGAAAGGAGAGACAGUGAAGAGAAUACGAGAAGAGAGCAGUGCGCGGGUGAAUAUCUCCGAGGGAACAUGUCCAGAGAGGAUCAUCACCAUCACUGGCUCCACAGACAGUGUCUUCAGGGCCUUCACCAUGAUCACGUACAAACUGGAGGAGGACCUGACUACAUUAGUGGCCAACGGCACCAUAAGCACCAAACCUCCGGUCACACUGCGCCUGGUCAUUCCUGCCAGUCAGUGCGGCUCUCUCAUCGGGAAGGGAGGAGCCAAGAUCAAGGAGAUCAGAGAGAACACUGGGGCUCAGAUCCAGGUGGCGGGGGACCUUCUUCCCAACUCGACCGAGCGAGGAGUGACGAUAUCGGGCAGCCAGGACUCGGUGAUCCAGUGCGUCAAACUCAUCUGUAAUGUCAUUCUGGAGUCUCCACCAAAAGGAGCCACCAUCCCGUACCGGCCCAGCCCCUCCCCCGCAGCCUUCCUCAUCGCGGGGAACCAGAUGUUCGAAGCGUCCGAAUACGCUCCUCACCCGCUGUACUCUGUGGCACAGGGAGCUCUGGAUCUCCAGCAGGCGUACGCUCUGCAGAACCACUACGGGAUUCCACAGUCUGAGCUGGCCAAACUGCACCAACUCUCUCUGCAGCAAGGCCUCAGUCCGGUGUCCCAGGCCUCCACCAUCAUACCCGGGCUGGACACAAACUCUCAGACGUCUCAGGAGUUUCUCAUUCCCAAUGACCUGAUCGGCUCCAUCAUUGGUCGACAGGGGACAAAAAUAAACGAGAUCCGGCAAGUUUCGGGAGCCCAAAUCAAGAUCGGGAGCCAACUGGACGGAACCACGGACCGCCACGUCACCAUCACUGGAACUCCGGUCAGCAUCAACCUGGCCCAGUACCUCAUCACCUCCUGUUUGGAAACAGCCAAGUCCACGGCGCAGGCCACCGGACUGUCUGCUCCGGUCGACCUCAACAUGCCCUAUGCUCAGCCCGCCUCUCCAGCCUCCUCCCCGGCCCCCACCAUGGCCCCCACUAUGGCCUCAAUGGGGGCCCUGACCCAGGCUCACAUGCUGGGCUCUCCGUACGGUGCUGCCCUCCCCCUCUCUGGUCUGCUGGGGGUCAAAUCCAUCCCGUUUCUGACUCUCUCCAACCCCGCUCCCAACGUGACGGCGUCUCCCUCCGCCAUCGCCGCCUACACCGCCAAGAUCUCCACGGCUAACUGCAUCAAGAAGCCAGAGAGGCAGAAGUUUGCUCCUUACUGA